UCCACGCUUUCCCAUUGUUCAUAUCUCACUCUCUUCUUCUCCUCCCUGCUUCUUUGUGUUCCUGUUUGAAUUGAUUCUGAGAGUUUUCAUCAAACAUGGGUUUUCAUGGAGUUCAAGUGUUUCUGGUCUUGGGGCUUUUGGCCACCUCGUGCUUAGCUCAAGCCCCAAGAACCGCACCCUCGCCGGCUCCCACUACGCCGUCGCCCACUCCCACACCAUCUCCUUCACCCUCAACUACUCCGUCUCCGGCACCCACCCCUGCUCCCGCCACUCCACCGUCGGCUCCUGCCCCUGCUCCGGCUACUCCCUCGCCUACCCCUUCUCCUCCUUCUCCACCGCCUUCCGGCACUUCCCCGUCUCAGGCACCCGGUCCCAGCGGUUCCACACCUGCUUCCGGCCCCGGCGGCGCUGCUCCUGUGUCUCCUGGUUCCGAGGCACCCUCCGCCGCAUUCUCCAUCAGCAAGGCCGCCGUUGCUGGGACCGCUGUCGCUGCGACUUUCUUCGCCUUCGUUUUGGCUUAGAAUAUUUUGAUCCGCAUGGGCUGGCAUGCAUCGGAUUUUGAUGUUGAUUAUCUUGGACGGACGAGAUCUUUUUCUUCCUGGUCUUAUGGAGUAGUUUUUUUUUAAUUAUUUAAUUUAAUGUGUUUAUGGUUUUCCUUUUAUUAUAUUCUAUGUAUAUGCAGGGAGGAUUAUGAUUACUGAGGAUUUGAUGAUGACUAUUGUUGCUAUUAUUUAGUGAUUCAUUGUUUGGAGUCCACACUUUGUAGCUAGAUGCGUCUGAUUUCAUUGUAUAUUAUUCGAUUAUAGUGGGAAUAAAAGUUUGCGAUUCUUGUUUUAA